UUAAUCACAAAGUGUUCUGCGGUGGGCUGGCAUGGUUAUCGGGGUUGAGCUCCGGCGCAUAUUUUCUUAGGAGAGGAAUAAUAUUGCGGAAGGGCCUAAGGCGGCUGGGACUGCGCUAAAUCGACAGGAGUGAACACAAUGACUGAAGCUAGCCUUGAUGCAACAAGGAGGUUGGCAGCUAAGAAGCAGACAUUGGAUGAUGCAUAUGCAGCUCCAGCAAACUUUCUAGAAAUUGAUGUUGUGAAUCCAAUCACUCAUGGCUUGGGUACCAAGAGAUAUACUGAUUAUGAAGUGAGAAUGAGGACAAAUCUGCCAGUGUUCAAAGUCAAGGAGUCGAGCGUGCGCCGCCGGUACAGCGAGUUUGAGUGGCUAAGAAGUGAACUGGAAAGAGACAGCAAGAUCGUGGUGCCGACGCUGCCGGGCAAGGCGCUGAAGCGUCAGCUGCCGUUCCGCUCCGACGACGGCAUCUACGAGGAGGGCUUCAUCGAGGAGAGGCGCACCGCGCUCGAGGUGUUCAUCAACAAGGUCGCCGGACACCCGCUGGCCCAGAACGAGCGCUGCCUCCACAUGUUCCUCCAGGAGCCAGUCAUCGACAAGAACUACGUGCCCGGCAAGAUCCGCAACAUGUAGUGGUCCGGUCCCCCGCUAGAUGUCACUGAAGUUGGCGGGAGGCGGCUGCUCGCGUCGGUCGGACUCCGCACGGUCCCAUUCUGUACUGUACCCGGUGUGCCGCAGCGGGACGCCGCGCUGCGUGCGGAGGCCGAGCGCGGCCGGCGUCUGUUGUACUUCUCUGCUGUGGAAAUGUGGGAUUGGCAGGCCUGGUGCGAGGCGUCAGAGGACCUGGGGCUGACUGUGAGGUGUGCCGCAACACAGCGCUGGCCCCGCGCUGGCCGGCGGCGGCCUGCUACGGCCGCUCACUGAGUAAUCUCCGAGCUCGUAUGCUUCACAUGGUAUUCCAGUCGGCGGGAGCGUGCCUACCUUACCUUUCCGGGAUGCCUGCCAGCCGGGCAGAUGGCGCCAUGCGGCUGCGGUCGCCCCGCGGCCACCCGCGGCCUGUUCCGCCACUGAUGCACCCUGCCCGGGGCUGACGGCCCGCGCGCCGCGCCCUGACCCGUGGCUGCCUGCGCGUUAUUCCGUUGUGCCCUGCGAGGCGUUCUGUCCGGCUGGCUGCGCGCGUCGCUGGUUCCCUUCUCUCGCUUGCUCUGUUGUCGGGCGCGCGGGCGGCGGCCGGUCGCGGUUGGCGGGCUUGCUCGCGGACG